AUGACCCGCAGCCCCAAGGCCACAGAGUUGGACUGGGUUCGUAUUCUCCUCUACGUCCUGAUCUUCCUCCUGAGUGUUCUGGGGAACUUGCUGAUCAUCGCGGUACUGGCGCUCAACAAGCGCAUGCGCACGGUCACCAACUCAUUCCUGUUGUCGCUGGCGGUGAGCGACCUCAUGAUGGCGCUCUUCUGCAUGCCCUUCAACCUCAUCCCCAACCUGCUGCAGGACUUCAUAUUCGGGGCCGCCAUGUGCAAGAUUGUCACCUACUUCAUGGGUAUCUCGGUGAGCAUCUCCACCUUCAGCCUGGUCGCCAUAGCGAUAGAGAGGUACAGUGCCAUCUGCAACCCUCUGAAGUCGCGCUCGUGGCAGACGCGUUCCCACGCCUACAAGGUCAUCGCGGCCACCUGGGUGAUCGCCGGCAUCAUCAUGGUGCCGUACCCCGUCUUCAGCCGCCUGAAGGCCUUCCCCAAGAAGGACAACAGCACGGGACACAUGUGCCGCCUGGACUGGCCCAAGGGACAUGUGGAACAGACAUGGUAUAUCCUGCUGCUGUUGGUGUUGUUCAUAAUCCCGGGUGUGGUGAUGAUCAUCGCCUAUGGUCUGAUCUCCAGGGAGCUCUACCGCGGCAUCCAGUUCGAGAUGGACCAGAAGAAAGAAGCCACAGGCAUGAAGACUGUUAUAAACGGUGGCGUGUCCCCAAGUGGUGGUGGCACCAGUGGUGGUGGCAGCGGUGGCAGUGACGAGGGGGACGGCUGCUACAUCCAGGUGCCCAAGAAGGGCCUGUUCUCCAGCGCGUCCGGCUCCUCCUCCAUGAAGCUCUCUGCCAUGACCACCUCCUCCUCCGCCGCGUCCGUCUCCGCUUCGGCGACCGCCUCCCGCGCCGAGCGUCCGCGCUCCAACACCUCGGAGGCCAAGCUGCUGGCCAAGAAGCGCGUGAUCCGCAUGCUGCUGGUGAUCGUGGCCAUGUUCUUCAUCUGCUGGAUGCCCCUCUACUCCGUCAACACCUGGAGGGCCUUCGACCUGCCCACGGCGACCCGCACCCUCUCCGGCGCGCCCAUCUCCCUCAUCCAGCUGCUCUCCUUCACCUCCGCCUGCGUCAACCCCGUCAUCUACUGCUUCAUGAACGUGCGCUUCCGCAAGGCACUGCUGAGCACCUGCGCCGCCUGCCUGAACCGGCAGGCACUGUUGCCGUGCCGAUGCGUGGGCCACCGGAAGGGGAGGGGGGGCCGCGGAGGGGGGCGCGACGGAGGGGACGAUGACGGCAUGACGGGGUUGACCACGGGUACCAUGUCUAAGAUCAGCUACGUGUCCGUCAGCACAGUUGGCCCACCAUGA